AUGCUUGGACGUGAGUCUGGGCCCAACGAUGACUCCCCGCAAAGCCUGAAGAAGGAGCUCAGCAUGCUUCCCACAAUACAGUCCGUGUCGUGCCGGACGCCCAAGUGCGACCGCAAUGCCACGUGUGCCAGCGCCUCGCAGAGGUCUCUGCAAACUCCGUAUGGGUGCUGUAGCGACUACAUGCUCCUGAUGCUGACCGAUGUUACCGGAUGGCUCCACGAGCAGGGCAUUCCAUACUUCAUCACCUACGGAACUUUGCUGGGUGCGCUGCGCGAAGAUGAUAUCUUGCCUUGGACCCAGGACAUGGACAUCGUUGUAGACCGCCGAUAUUGGCCCCAACUCCAGCGUGGUUUGGAGGCUGCAGAGUUUUUCGGUGGAAGACGCUACCUCUUCGGAGUGGAUCAGUGGGAGGAAAAAGUCUCCAGAGUUUGCGCCGAUUGGGAGGGGUUUGCCUCCUCCAUCAUCGGCGGGCAAGAAGGUGAUCGGUUCAGCCGGCCCGCAGACUUCCAUUUGGAUGUGUACGCCAGCGACUGGUGGCAAAUCACUGACCUUCACCUCGUCGAUUGCGUUGAACCUCUCGGCGUCAAGCAUCUCCAGAUUCGUGGGCGCAACUUUUCGGCGCCUGCACGACCGAGAGCGUGCGUGGAGAAACUGUACGGAUCGGAAUGGCGAAUUCCGAAGAAGGCUCUUGCAGGCGUGAACUGA